AAAAAGUAGUAUAAAAGAGUACAUUUCGAGGGAAUAAUCAGUUUGACAAGGAUGGGGAGAUUUACGGCUUUGGGUUUUAUAGCUCUCAUAGCAUCGGCCUACUCAUCGCCAGUGCCCCAAGUAUGCUGCGUGCUACCACCCUCACCACCCUGCGAGCCACUACCACCAUGCCCGCCACCACCGUGCCCUCCUCCAGAACCUCCCAUCGAACCAUGCGACCCUUGCAAUCCCUGUGAUGGUGACCUACAACCAACAACCUGUGGCGAUGGUCCAAUCAAAGUGUUGGUGCAAAAGACAACAGUGCAAGACCAGUUGAGAGCAGCAAACUUCCAAUCGUACCCCGUACCAGGAGGUUGCUUCUUCAUCCAUCACAACCCUGACGUCAUCAUCCAACCCCCACCAAUCCUGGUCAAACCCCCAAGGCAAAAACCAAUCCAGCCUGCCUCCAUUAACGUUCAACCACCACAACAACCCCCGAUAACACCACCCCCGAUUUGCGUGCGACCACCUCCCUUACCACCAAUAACCCCACCCCCAAUCUGCGUCAGACCCAAACCCUUGGCUCCGAUCUGUCCUCCACCUUUACUCGUUAGACCACCGACCCCUCAGCCAAUCCAACCUGCACCAAUUUCGAUAACACAACCCGAGUUACCACCAAUCACCCCAUCACCAAUAUUGGUCAGACCACCAGUGCUACCAAAUUUGCAACUACCCACAAUUUGUUUCCAAACAUCACUUCUUAAUCAAAAUGGAGGUGAUUCCAUGAACUCGGACGACAAUUCUGAAAUGUCCAUGUAUUCCAAUGAUUCCCCAUGCCCAUGUUCUUAAUCACCACCAUAACCAUUUCUCCUAGACAAGCGCGCUCCAUCUUAGGCUGCAUUAUCACCUGCCAGCAUGUCUGAUUGCAGCCAAGCGCUAGUCUAAAAUUAAAAAAAAAAAUCGCAUCACGAAAGUUGAAACAACACCAUCGAUUUGUAGUUAUCAUCAUCAUCAUCAUCAGAGGUCCCUCUCAGAAUGAAAAGAGUCAGAACUCAGAAGGAAAGGAUCUGGAGGAAUCUCUGAUUAAUUCAAGGUUUUAAUGAACUUAUUCUAAUAUACCAAGUAAAAAUGCUUUGAACUAUAGUAGAAGAAAUGUAUCUUUGCAUAGGUACUGUACUUUCCUACAGUGCGAGAAGCCAAUACCACAAACCUCUCCUUUUCAGAAGACCCAAGCGUUACAGUGUUUUUUCAACUUUCGUGCAACUAUAAAAGAUCUCAAUUUGUCAAACUAUGCUGUUCAAAAUGGAAUUCUGAUUUUUCAACCGUGUGGCAAUUCUAUUGUACGCAAUCUCUGAACUAAACUGAAUGAAAACAUCUAAAUAUUUUAUUGCUGUCCCCUUCACAAUACUCCCUGUGGAAAAGGAUAGCACUAAAUCUAAACCUAUCAGUUAUUCAGUUUAGUUUAAAGAGUGUUAUGACAGAAUCAGCCAGACUGUCUGUAUAUUAAGAUAACUCGUAUGUGAUUCGUUAGUUUUAAGUCUUUGCAAAUGUUAGUCAGUUAUAUUUGUAUGUAAAAUACUAUAAUUAUAUUUAUUUGUGUAAUAUUAAA